AAUAGAACAGCUGGUUUUUCAAAGCUGUUAACAGGAUUUCUCAAUUCGGUUAUUAUAGUUGCCUAUUAUGUGAUAAUCAACAAGGGGUUAAACAACAUGGCUACGCACCGCGAUGGUGAAAUGCAAGAGGAAGAUCCAAUGGAGACGAUAAAGAGACGUCUUAAGGAGGUAGGAGGAAUGUCUCAUACUACAGACCCUCCAAGGGUUGUAGACAACGCUGUAGCCAGACUAAACACACCACUUCGACGUCAUGUACAGCGACUGACGGUAGUGACACCGCAUACUUAUCGAAGACAGAGACAAAAAGAAAGAGGUUUGAAGAGUCAUGCAAUUCAAAGGUUCCGAUAUGCUGCGACUAUGGUCCUUAUCUUGGUACGAGGUUGUCGGAAGGGGAGGAAGUACGCGCAGCCAGAAAACGUUUUUGAGAACCUUUCGUCUGGUUCCCGAACGGGAUCAGCAUCUCUGGAGGAGACAACAGGUACUCACGAGUCGGAACUCAGACAUCUAAACUCGGGGCCAUCAGCAACAAGAGCAAGUAUCGGUUGGGAUUUACAGAUGAAUCUCAUUACGCAGCCGCAGUACCGAACUCCUGGUCACUUGAAACACAUUUUAUACAUGAUUCGAGCAAACAAAGCCUUCAAGAUGUUUCCAAGUGACUCCGAGUUGGAGUUAGCUCGUCGUAUCUCCUACGAGCGUUAUGACGCCGAUAGAAUCAUCGCUCACCAGGGCAGACCUCCAGAUAGAUUUUACUACAUUCUGUCCGGAAAAGUUAAUCUUCAGCGAGAAUAUGAGCUUCAAACCGGUAAAGUGACGAAGUCUCUCGGGUAUCUUAAAAAGGGCACCUUUACGGAUCCUGAAGAGUUGGAGAAACAGUGGAAUCGCCAAUCUAGUCUCAUAUGCGAAGGAUCAGUAGAGGUUCUUCUCUUGAACAAAGAGGAUUUCUUUCAUCUCCAUAACUCCCACGCAGGACCGCCGAUAGAUUUCUUAAGAUCGCAAUAUUUAUUCAUGGAAUUUCCCUGUCAGCUCUUCGUCAACCAUCCUGAGGCAAUAGAAUACAAAUUUUAUGAACCAGAACGGCUUGUAACAAAGGAUACGAACAAUACACGGUGGAUGUACGUCAUCAAAUCUGGUAAAUGUAAAUGUAUACGACGGCAAUUAGUUGCAGAUAUCAAAGGUGAUACCAAAUUUAGUGAGGUAAAGGGGAUAGACAAACUUGGAUACGUCAAACAGCCGUCGCAUGCAGACGCUAUGCUUGGAGCUGGAUUGAAGAAACUUGUAAAAGAAGGCCAGAGAGUUCUUGGCCAUGAUAAUGAGAUGAGUCAAAUUUUGGAAGUGGAGAAAGCCAACAGUGUUGGUAACCCGUACGUCGGUACCCUUGGUAUUAGCAUCAGAGAAACACCAGCGACACCAGGAUUGCCUAGUCACAUGACGUCACGAUUACGUCUAAGAUCUUCUAUAGUAUCGCCACCGGACUCCGAGUUUCUUGACUCACUAAUUGGACGUACUCCAGGUGACGAGGCGUUCAAUAGUCAGGAUUCUCUGAUUGUUAAGGAUUUCGGAACGAAGAGACGUCUCAGCACAAACUCCUUAAAAUCCCGCCACAAUGCGAAGCCACGCCUACCUCCCCUCUCCUUCAUGGAUCAGAAUGAACCAAACCAACCAGACGGCUGUUUCAUGAAGCAUCGAGACGGGCCAAGUAGAAGGAGACUUGCACGGCAUGUUGAGGUUGAUGUCGGUAAACCCUCUGCACAAAGAAGAGCCUACAUCCAGCUUGAUGGGAUGACAACUGGAGAUAUAUUUGGUUUAAAUGACGUAGCUAGUACUGCUAGCAGUGAACCAUCGGGCGUUAGUGUGGUGAGUGAAGGAGCAGAAAUCAUCAAGAUAAAUAAGAGAUUCUUUCGAACCCACGCUGGAACAGUCACCACACUCAAACUGGACACCCUGGUUCGUGAGUUUAUGUCCGAGGAGGAUGCGAGCGAGAACUUAGAGAGGCAAGAAACGUGGUUAAGAUACAAGACUACGUUAAUGGAUCGGAUUGCUCUGAAGAAAUAUAAGGGCAAGAAACGAUGGAACAGGACGCUCAAACCACUUAGCUUCUCGAUUUGAUGAUAGAAUACGAGACGAUAUACUUUUUAUACAUGGAAAGGU